CGCAGAGGCAGCAGAGAGCAAAGAUGGCGGCGGUGGCUCGAGGCUCGUUCAGUGUUUUCAGGAAGCUGCUGAGUCAGCAGUAUCGGCGUCGGUGUUUCCGGCUGCAGAGUUUCAGAUGUGAGCGAAGCGUUCAGCAGCCGCUCGGCUUCAGGAAGCUGCAGACGUUCCCCAGCAGAGCGCUGCACACCGCCACAGUGAGUCACGGACCGAUCGUCCAGUUUAAACUUUCCGACAUCGGAGAAGGAAUCAUGGAGGUGACGGUCAAAGAAUGGUAUGUGAAGGAGGGGGACAAGGUGUCCCAGUUCGACAGCAUCUGUGAGGUCCAGAGCGAUAAAGCGUCGGUGACGAUCACGAGUCGCUACGACGGCGUGAUCCGGAAGGUUUACUACGACGUGGACGCCACGGCGCUGGUGGGCAAGCCGCUGGUCGACAUCGAGACCGAGUCCAGCGCAGAGGUGAUCCACGAGGAGGACGUGGUGGAGACGCCGGCGAUGGCGAGAGAAGAACACACGCACCAAGAGAUCAAAGGUCACAAGACCCAAGCCACGCCCGCCGUCAGGCGGCUCGCCAUGGAGAACAACAUUAAGCUCAGUGAGAUCAUCGGGACGGGGAGAGACGGACGGAUCCUGAAGGAAGACAUCCUGAACUUCCUGGCCCGACAGACGGGAGCCAUCUUGCCUCCGGCUCCGUUCCAGGAGAUCACGCCUCCUCCUCCUGCCCCCCCCGCCCCCCCCAGGCCUGCCGCCGUCAAAGCUCCGCCCGCCGUGCCGCGACCCGUCUUCACCGGGAAGGACGUCACCGAGCCGCUCAAAGGCUUCCAUAAAGCGAUGGUGAGGACGAUGACGGCGGCGCUGAAGAUUCCUCACUUCGGUUACUGUGACGAGGUGGAUCUGAGCCGUCUGGUGGCUCUGAGGUCUGAACUCAAAGCGGUCGCUGCCGGCCGAGGAGUCGCUCUGAGCUACAUGCCCUUCUUCAUCAAGGCUGCAUCGCUGGGCCUGCUCCACUUCCCCAUCCUCAACGCCUCGCUGGACGACAGCGUCCAGAACAUCACGUACAAGGCAUCUCAUAACAUCGGCCUGGCGAUGGACACGGCUCAGGGUCUGCUGGUCCCCAACGUGAAGAACGUGCAGCUGCUCAGCGUGUUUGAGAUCGCUCAGGAGCUGAACCGCCUGCAGGCGCUGGGAACGGCCGGUCAGCUGGGAACCUCGGACCUGAGCGGAGGAACCUUCAGCCUGUCCAACAUCGGAUCUAUCGGAGGAACGUACGCCAAGCCCGUCAUCCUGCCUCCGGAGGUCGCCAUCGGAGCGCUGGGAAAGAUCCAGAUUCUGCCGCGGUUCGACGCCGGCGGUCAUGUGGUCCGAGCUCACAUCAUGAACGUCAGCUGGUCGGCGGAUCACCGCAUCAUCGACGGCGCCACCAUGUGCCGCUUCUCCAACCUGUGGAAGGAAUAUCUGGAGAACCCGGCGAGCAUGGUGCUGGACCUCAAAUAAGCUUCAUCAUCUUCAUCAUCAUCAUCAUCAUCACACCGCUGCUCGCCCUGCAGGAGCCGUCACACGCUCACCUUUCCCUGGUGCCUUUGAGCAAGGUGCUGGGAGGAGGGUCAGCCUGUCAAUCAUGUUGUCUCCAUGACGACCACACACACACACACACACACACACACACACACAGCGUGGAGGUUAGAGGUAGUUCAGUAUUUACAGGAUCACACUGAAAGUUUAAUGUUUCAGCUGAUUGACUAAAGAUCAGCUGAUUGACUAGAGAUCAGCUGAUUGACUACAGAUCAGCUGAUUGACUAGAGAUCAGCUGAUUGACUAAAGAUCAGCUGAUUGACUAGAGAUCAGCUGAUUGACUAGAGAUCAGCUGAUUGACUAGAGAUCAGCUGAUUGGCUACAGAUCAGCUGAUUGACUACAGAUCAGCUGAUUGGCUACAGAUCAGCUGAUUGGCUAGAGAUCAGCUGAUUGGCUACAGAUCAGCUGAUUGAUUAGAGAUCAGCUGAUUGACUAGAGAUCAGCUGAUUGACUAGAGAUCAGCUGAUUGGCCAGGUUAAGGUCUGUUGAUGAUGUCAUCUAUAAACUGACAGCAGCACGAUGUUUGAAACCUUUAAAUUCUUCUUAAAUCUGAAUAAUGUGAUGAAGUGAGUUUCUCCUCUUCUGUCUGUGUGUUUGUUCUGAACUCAAACGGCCGUGUUAAAUAAGCUCAGACGCACUUUACUUCAUAUUUUACUGCAUCGCUGCAAACUCCUGACGGAGCAGACCGACGCUGGUUUGUAGUCAGAACCAAACAUUAAAACAUCAGAUUCUCCUUUUUAAAGUUUAAUAGUUCAGACACUAAGAGUCCAUGUUUAAUAUCUACGUACUGUAACAUCAAACGUCUCCAACUCCUGCUGAAAGAUUCUCACGAUGCGUUUAAGGACUCCGCUCAGCUGUGGGAGCUCAGAGUGUUUGAUGGUCCAACAGGAAGUCCGACUCCGUUUUAACAUCGGGACCAAAAGUGAUGAACAGAUUUUCCUCCUCUGAGACGUUCGUACGAGUUUAACAUCGGAUCAGCUGAUCGUCGAUGUUUAAACAACCAGAUUAACAAAGUCAAAUAACCAAUAAUCAAUAAUCAGCCUUUUAAUUGAUCACAUUAUAACCUGUGCAGAGAUUUGUUUGUUUAACCCUUUACAUGUUGACUCAUAAUUAGUCAUUAAUAAAUAUUUGAUAUGAAACACGCGACAUGUUUAAAUGCUGAUUUUAGACUUUUUUAAUAAACAGGAAGUGAGAAUCAGCUGUGAGUCUCAUUAAAGUCCAGCUGUGAUUAACAGUGAACAGAGUGUAAAGGGUUAAAUGAGUUUAAACAGUGAUGAUAUAAAGACUGUUACAGACACACGAGCCCUUCAUCAUCAUCAUCAUCAUCAUCAUCAUCAUCUGUACAUAACUCAUGUUUGUAUUAACGGUUAGAAGAAGACUCGGAUCAGCUGAUCGUCUCGGUACUUGAACCUGUUAGGAGCCGGAGCUUUUGAUCACAUCACAUGAUCUUCUUCAUUCUGCUGAUUCAACAAAGAACUGAUCUACUAACAAGUGUGUGAUAGAUCUCAUUACUCCUGUUAAUGUUCACAGACUCUUCAAAAUAAAAGCACCGCUGCACCGGGUGACGCGUUCCUUUUAUUUUGAAGAGUUUGGUCUCGUUAGUUAGUUUAGAAACGGCUCGAAAAAGUCAAAUAGUGAUAAAAUAAAAAGCUGAAAAUGUGCCUGAGGUUUCUGCACAUGCUCAGUAGCGUUCCUGCACAUGCUCAGUAACGUUACUGCACAUGCUCAGUAGCGUUCCUGCACAUGCUCAGUAACGUUACUGCACAUGCUCAGUAACGUUACUGCACAUGCUCAGUAACGUUACUGCACAUG